GAGCCAGACCGGAUCCUUCAUGAGGGAAGAGGCCAGGGAGAGCCAGCCAGCCCCGGCUUCUCUUCUCUUCACUCUUAUUAAUUUGCAUUGCAAGGCCAGGGAGCCCGAGCAAGGGGCUGCGCUAGGAUGUCCCGUCAUGAAGGCGUGAGUUGUGAUGCAUGUUUAAAGGGCAACUUCAGAGGACGACGUUACAAAUGUUUAAUUUGCUACGACUACGAUCUUUGCGCAUCGUGCUACGAGAGCGGUGCAACCACAACCAGACACACAACAGAGCAUCCCAUGCAGUGUAUAUUAACCCGUGUUGACUUUGACCUGUACUAUGGUGGGGAAGCCUUCUCGGUGGAACAACCCCAAGCCUUCACAUGUCCAUACUGUGGCAGAAUGGGCUACACAGAGAUGUCCCUGCAGGAGCAUGUGGCUGCAGAGCAUACAGAGACCUCUACAGAAGUGAUCUGCCCCAUAUGUGCAGCGCUUCCAGGUGGCGACCCAAAUCAUGUGACCGAUGACUUUGCUGCUCAUCUAACACUUGAACACAGAGCACCCAGAGACUUGGAUGAGUCGAGUGGGGUGCGGCACGUGAGGAGGAUGUUUCACCCCGGGCGUGGGUUAGGGGGCCCGCGAGCCCGCAGGUCUAACAUGCAUUUCACCAGCAGCACCACAGGGGGGCUUUCCACCAGUCAGAGUUCCUCACAGAGCUCCAACUACAGCAGAGAGGCCAUGGACCCCAUAGCAGAGCUUCUGUCUCAGUUGUCGGGGGUGCGGCGUUCUGCGGGAGGCCAGCUCAGCUCAGGCCCGUCUGCUUCCCAGCUCCAGCAGCUUCAGAUGCAACUCCAGCUGGAACGGCAGCAGGCCCAGGCGGCACGUCAACAGCUGGAGACCGCCCGAAACGCCACCAGAGGUGGCGGCCGAGCCAAUGCAAUCCUAAAUACCAAUUCAGCCGCUGCAAACCCCAACCCAAGCGCCAACCACAAUACCAACCCCAGCCCCAAUCCGGGUCCACCUGAGCCCAACACACAGCAUACUGCACAUAGCUCCCAGUUUCUACUCAGCAGGCUGAGCGAACCACGGCUGUCUGAGGCAGAGCGGCAGGCGUGCGAGGCCCAGUGGGCCGACCGGAGCCUGUUCGUGACGGAGCUGCUGCUGUCCACACUGUUGCCCGACGAGGAUGCCUCAGCCUCCUCCUCCGAGGAUGAGGAUGACUGUCACGGCCCGUUGCGGAAUUUCGCUGACUUCGAGGCCAUGGGUUGUGUUGAGGUCAUGACCUUAGAUGUGGCACUGGAGAACCUCAACCUGAAGGAGACGACCCCAGCUACCAAGACGAUGAAAACGACGACUAAAACGGCACCAACGAAGAAAGAGCCGCCUCCGCCGCCUCUUUGAUGACAUGGCCCUUCCCUCCCCUAAAAACCACCAUUGUAACUGGCUGACUGCUGAGUCGGUCCAACUGCCAGUGGAUGACAAAAAAAGACUGCAGUUCUUUUUGGCUUUUUUUUUUUUUUCUUUUUUUUUCAGUGAUCAUCUGUUAUUUCAGCACUGUUGCUCCCCACUCCACCCCAUGUUUUAUGUUGUGUCAAUUGAAUAAAAGUAGUGAGACGAGAGAAUGUGAAAGCAAGUGUGGUGGCUGCGUGAGAGAAAGGAAAAAUAACUAUAUAAAUAUAUUAUGGAAAAAUUUAUAUGAAAGUUGAUAAUCAAAUCCACAUAACCCGUGUUUCCUCUAGCAGAUGAGCAAAGCGUAGUUAGCCGUUUUUAAGAGACAAACUUGUCACACACUCCACUCGCCGAGGGAGAGGAGCAGACAGAAGCCUCUCUGGUUCAAAAAAAAAACAAAAACAAAAAAAAACGCUGCUGUGUAUUUAUAGUUAUAAAUUAAAGAAGUGCUUGGAUGGUUUAUCACAACUUAAGCAUGAGCUU